AUAUUCCUAUCAUGUGUUUAUGCUUUUAAAUUAAAAAGCGUUGUCUAGGCAACAUCACGCCAAACAUGAUACAUUUGUGAAUUUGUCCAAUCAUAAAAUCUAUGUAGAUUAAAAUGUAGUGAUAUAUCGAUGUUUAUCAAUAUUUUAUAAAAUCUUGUAAAAUAUAUCUAAUGUAUAUAGCGAGUAAUGUUCGCGAAGUAAAGUUUCUGUAAAUCUUUCUGCUUCUUAAUGCUAGUCUCAUAAAAAUCUCUAUUUAUGUUAUUUAAGUUACAAAAGUGUGAUACACUAUGCCUUUAUUCUCCAAUAAAUUUUCUCCGAAAAAGACACCGACUAGAAAAGCAUCAGUUUUCUUAGCAAACAAAAACUUAAGCCCUAAAAGAAUAGAGAAAGAACUUGGCCCUGAAGUAGGCCCUAUACGUCUUCGUCUUGGAGAUCAGGAAGCUGUUUUUGAGGCUGGCCUAUGGAUUCCAGAAUCUGGCAAAGUGGGAGGUACUUUCAAAGAGAAUGAAAAAUUAAAGAAAGAAUUGAGACGAUUGGAGGAAGAGAAUAACUUAUUAAAACUAAAGUUUGAUGUACUAUUAGAUAUGCUAACGCAAACAACUGCCGAGGCUCACUCGCAAAGAGAAGAAUUGGAGAGAUUAAAAAAUAAUUUUUCUCAUAAUAGGAGAAUCGUCGCUUAGUGCUACGCAUUGUUACUGACACUUAAGGAAAUAAACAACGACUACAAAGUAUAUACACAUCAAUUAAUUUAAGUACUUGCUUAAAAAGUCAAACUAUAUCUUUUAGCUUUAUAUUUAAAUGAGCUAAGUUCAAGAAAAUGCAAGUAGUUUUAAAGAUGAAAACGAUGUAUGACACUGUUUUGUUAUACUUUUAAGCUCUUUACAAUUUCAGUUUCAUUAUUAAUUAUACAUUAUAUACUGUACAACUGUGUAUUUACAAUACUGUAUUAAAGAAAAUUCGCUCAUUAGUGUCGCAUA